GGAACAUGGUGCGAAAGGCUGCGUUUAAUGCGCUCAACAAUUAAUGCGCUCAGCUAAGAAGCCAGCGGGGUAACAGAAAACUGCCCCAAGCCGUAUAAAUAAUUGUGUCAACGCAUGUUUGUGCCUGUCGAACAUACAUGUCGGUGCCUGGAAAGCUUCUCGCGCUUGGAACCACUGUUCUGCUCCUUCUGGGAAAUGAGCAACAUUUUCGCCACCACGCCGUCGAAGCCAGGAGUGCUGAAGACACUCUCCCGCUCGAUAUGCGCAUUUUGGUGGCGCUGGAAGGGCUAGUGGACGCACUUGGAUCGAGACUGCAGAUGACGUACGUGGAUGCGGCGUGUGGACUUUUCUUCGCUGGUGACCGUCUACAGACCAUUCUCAACAUGAUCCAACCCCGCGCUGAAAACGAGUCAUCGGGCGCCUCAGGACAGUUGCCCGCAAGCUUCAACGUGAGCGUGGAGGAAAUAAAGUCUGUGCAAAGGAAAGCAAGACAGCUCGGAGACGCCGCCCUUGAACUAGUUCUCGAGACAACGGAUCUACCCAUAUUGUCGCGAGGAAUACUCAGGCACAACUUCUGGACCGACACACCUAUUCCGGCUGGCGUGGAACCAGCUGAGAACGCGUCGGGUACCGCGCCGUACCGCGCGAUCACCGAGGUGGCUUCGGAUACGUGCAUCACGCAACUCUUCUCCAGCGCCCAGUGCCGGGACGUGACUAGCACUUGUUGGGAGACCAUGACGGGGGGACGGCACAGUGGCUAUGGCCUGACACAUCAGGUGCUCUUCUUCAGCAUUGCUUUCAAGAUGAACUGCACGAGUGUCAUGGAAGAAUUUUCCGAGCUCUACGGGCAACCUCCACCUGCGCGAAACCUGGCUUCCAAGUGUGCCCAGGUAGCCGAUGAAGCCCAGUUGGUGGCAGAGAUUGGUUUCCCGGAGCGAAAGAGGGACCUUUUUCUCGAGCAGGUCGCUGUAUGCGGAUUCCUGGAUCGAGACGUGUUCAAGAGCACAUCUUUUAUAGAAGCCGCUCUGUCCUGGCAGAGAGAAGACGGGUGCUUCGCAACGUGGCAGCACAAGAGCUCCCGGAAACAUCGGCGUAGAGUGAAGCGUGAAGAAAGAAUCGAUGGCGGCGGAUGUUCGAUGCACAUGACAAGCGUGGGAGCAGCAGCCCUCGCUACCUGGUUGGGAACACUUGCACGGGUCGAGCUCCAAGGACAGCGGCUCUUGUCUUAAAUAGUGUGUCCAUUGCAUUGUUUACACAAGGAGACUGAGAACUGCGUGUAGAUAUUUCCGACGACCCUACUUUCGUGCAACAAUGCCUGUGACGCAGGUGCUAUAGCUGAGAUCUUUAGCAAGGUGCUAACGACAGGUAGAAACAAGAACAAAAGAACAGGGAAUCUGCAGGUCAUUCGACAGUGGUUCCAGCGUAAUUUUCUGAUAACAAUUGUGCAACUUCCGCUCACUAUGGUCGAUAACAAGGCAGAAAGCGCCACGUAGAUUUGCCUUAACAGGCAGAAUCUGCCCUUUAUUCAAUGUUGCUUACCACAUAACUUGAGCUGUACUUACUGGCACACCAAGACUUAUGCUUCUGUCAUCAACGAUCACAAAACCUUUUCACAAGCGUAGCGGCAUGUACAACUGAAGAAGAAGAAGAAGAAUGUUUUAUUUAGUAUAAAUGUACAUAUAUACACAGUGGAGUUCAACAUUUCAUCUGAGCCCUUAGCAUCACUGCUAGCCUUGGACCGAUGCAGAAUUUCUAUAAGUAUAAUAGCUCAAGCACACUUUUUGCAGAAUAUGUCUAGACUUGAAGAAGUAUAAAAAAGAAAGAAGGACAAAACAAACAAAAAAGAACAAUAAAUUUUCAUAUACACCUAUAUAUAGUCUAAAACUCAAUAGGUGUAUAUAACAGAACAAUUCAACGUAUAUAACAGUGUACUUUUAGUG